CUUCCUCUUUUUUUUCCCCACCUUUAUCUCUCGCCUCCAGUCACGCUCCCCACAAACUUAUGAACUUGCUCUCUCUCUCCCCCUCCACUUCCCUUCUCUCCUCUCCUCUCCUCCGCAGAGCAAGAGCAACUUACAGCUCUUUUGCUCUCCUUUUUCUCUCCGGCGAUCAAAGAGCUAUUCUCUUCUUCCGACGUCCGAUUCACGGCGCCGGAAUGAUUUAGAAUGGCCGUCCGGAGGUCCAAGAGUGGGAGCGGUUUUGUCUCUUGUAAAGCCCAGCUAAUUAGAAGAUUCUCCAGCUUGCAAAUAUAAUUCCACCCGCCCAUUAAUUAUCUUCGAGGGAGUUUCGGAGAAGCGGCGGCGGCGGCGGAGCGAGUGGCAGUCCGGCGGCGCAUCACUUGGUAGCUCGAAGUUCCCUGUUACUACCUGUUUUUUUUCAUCUUUCUCCUAAAUUGGGCAGCUUAGUGAAUGGGUUACUGAAAAUAAUAAAAGGGGAAAAUCUUCAGCUCUUGUUUCCUUCGGUUCUGGAAACUUUCAAUGAUUUUGAGAAGUUUCUGAGCCAAAACAGAGAGCAUCCGUAGCAGGGCACAAAGGAAGAAGAAGAAAAAAUACAGAAGACAAGGGUAGAACUAAACUAGCCAUGAAGUUUAUGAAGCUUGGUUCCAGGCCAGACACCUUCUAUUCUUCUGAAGCGGUCAGGUCUGUCUCUUCGGAAGUUUCCAGUGACCUAAUCAUCCAAGUUAAAGGAUGUAGAUACCUGCUUCACAAGUUUCCUCUGCUUUCCAAGUGCAUAAGACUCCAGAAGCUAUGUUCAGAGACGCCAGAAACCUCCUCCCAGCACCAAACCCUCCAGCUCCCAGAUUUCCCAGGCGGGCUCGACGCAUUUGAGCUCUGUGCAAAAUUCUGCUAUGGGAUCACAAUCACACUGAGUGCCCACAACAUAGUGGCUGCUAGGUGUGCGGCUGAGUACCUCCAGAUGACGGAAGAAGUGGAGAAAGGCAACUUAAUCUACAAGCUUGAAGUCUUCCUCAACUCCUGCAUUCUCCAAGGUUGGAAGGACUCAAUUGUGACGCUCCAGACCACAAAGGCCUUCCCUUUAUGGUCAGAGGAACUCGGAAUCACAGCCAGAUGCAUCGAAGCAAUCGCCUCCAAAGUUCUCUGCAACCCUUCUAAAGUCAGUCUGUCGCAUAGCUAUUCGAGAAGAGGAGGAAGGGAUGAUGUUUCAUGUAAUGGUGGUGGUGGUGGUGGAGACAGCCAGAGGCAGAGUUUGAAGCCAGUGAAUAAAGGGUGGUGGGCUGAGGACAUGGCUGAAUUAGGGCUGGACUUGUAUUGGAGGACCAUGAUUGCUGUGAAAUCUGGUGGGAGAGUGAAGUCAAGCUUAGUAGGUGAGGCUUUGAAGAUAUAUGCAGCUAGAUGGUUGCCUAAGAUACAAGUACCAUCAGUACCAAUUGGUCCUGGUAGUGAUUCUGAUUCUGAUUCAGGAGACGAGGCGAAUAAUAGUAACUCAAAGCAUAGGCUGAUUUUGGAGUCCAUCAUCAACUUGUUACCCGCUGAGAAGGGCGCGGUGACUUGUAGCUUUUUGCUCAAGCUACUGAAGGCAGCCAACAUUCUGAAUGCAAGUUCAACAUCCAAGGUGGACUUGGCCAGAAGGGUUGGGCUUCAAUUGGAGGAAGCUAAUGUGAAUGAUUUGUUGAUACCUUCGGUUUCGUAUUUGAGUGGUGGUUUAAUAUAUGAUGUGGAGUUGGUUAUGAUCAUAUUGGAGCAGUUCAUGUUGCAAGGGCAAAGCCCUCCAAUUAGCCCUCCAAGAUCCAAGCUAGGGUUUGAGAGAAGGCAAAGGUCGAGGUCAGCUGAGAAUAUUGACUUGGAUUUUCAAGAGAGCAGAAGGUCGUCCUCAGCUUCUCAUAGCUCCAAGUUAAAAGUGGCUAAGCUUGUGGAUAGUUACCUUCAAGUAAUUGCCAGGGAUGUGAAUUUGCCACUUUCGAAGUUCUUGGUAAUUGCUGAGACCAUACCAGAGUUCUCCAGGCCUGACCAUGACGAUCUCUAUAGAGCCAUUGACAUUUAUCUCAAGGCACAUCCAGACAUGAACAAGACUGAAAGGAAAAGGUUAUGUAGAACCCUAAACUGCAAGAAACUAUCCGUGGAAGCCUGUAUGCAUGCAGCUCAAAAUGAGUUGCUCCCUUUAAGAGUAGUGGUACAAGUUCUCUUCUUUGAGCAAGCUAGAUCAGCAAUGGCUGGUGGUGGCAAAGUCACUGAGCUCCCUAGCAACAUUAAAGCACUCUUAGCCUCACAUGGAAUCAAUCCAUCAAGACCGGGGGCGCCAUUAAGCACCACUGCCAGCGUUGCAGCAGAGGAUCAAUGGAGUAGUAUCUCUGGGUUGAAAUCUCCCAAAUCAAAGCUCUCAACUUUGAGGAUGAAAUUGGCUGAAGAUGAUGAUGAUUUGGAUGGAGUUGACUUGCAGUCAGAAGGUGGGCUUGGUAGUAGGUCUUCAAAGUUCAAAGCUUUCUGUGCCAUCCCAUCUAGACCUAAGAAGAUGUUCAGCAAGUUUCUGUCUAUUAACAGAAGUUCUAGUGAAAAGCAUAGAGAGUGAAGAAGCAAUAAUAAGUAUCGUAAUUUUGGGAAGUUUAGCUCAAAUCCACUUUUGUUCUUUGUUUCUUCAGGGUCCAAUCAGGGGAAAUUGGUUCCUACGUGUAUGGUAUAGCUGGUUAAAGAAGAACAGGAAGAAGAGAAGCCUAUUGUGCAUUGUUGAUGUGAUCUAUGUCACAUUAUGGAAAUCAAUCAAAAUCAGGAAUUAUCAAUCUGGCAAAAUGCGUGGUUCUCUUCACUUGGUUCCAAUUUGCAGGCAUUAUUUGGGCCAAAACCCAUCUGGAUUUUGUACCUAUUAUCCAAAGCCGGCAUCAGAAUUCUGAUCCUUGAUGCUUCUCUCCAAGCCUGUUCUUCCAUGUGAAAUAAUAAUUGACUUGGGGGGAAAUUCUGAUUGAAUCCAGAUUUCCACUUGUCUGUCAGGUUCUUGUCUGUACAAUACAAUGCAUGAACUUCCAAGUUCCCAAAUUUUAACAACUAAAAAAGUUCCCGGAUCAGCAAUAUUUUUCGACAGCAGUGAUCUGAAUUUAACCCUACCAAUUGACAAAGAUGAUAUUCUGAAGGUUUUUCCUUAGUUGAUGCACUCCUUUUUUCUGCCUCCAAUUAUAGUUGGAAGAAAUCAUUACUUGUCUUUUUCACCAGUCUUCCCAACUAUUUCCCCUGCAGAAAGAUCAAUCAAUCGAUUGCUGUUGCGUUGCUGGUGGUGGAGCUAGGCCAAGGCAGACCAUUCCAUCUUAACAACCUGUUCACAGAGCAGGGGGAGGAAUGGAGAAUAGUACACAAAGAAAGAGAAGUGUUAUAUGUUAUGAAUGAUCAACUGAAUUUUGUCCAACAUAGGACAGUUAUAGGCAUUUUCCUGGUUUACAUGAUGAGGGAGGUUGGUUAAUGGGCAUAAUUUGUUUGGCCCCUCCUCCUCCUCCUCCAUCAUCAUCAUCAUUUUGAGUCAUUAUGAUCAUCAUUACCAUUAUACAUCUUUAGCUUUUUCCUGUUCCCAAGCAGCAGCAUGCUAUACCAAAUGCAUAUUUGCCAUCUCAUCUUUCUGUCAACUCCACCAUGAUUUAAUAUUCCUUCCUUCCUCCUCUGCUGGUUCUGUUCUUAUUUCCCCAUCAGAACAGAAAAGGGGACCUAUCAAAUAG